ACCUCUGUAAACUAGAUCUGGGUUCUCUCUUGAACUUCAUCUUUUUCCUUUCCUCCUCCCUCCUCAUCCUUCUUCUUUCUUCUUCUUAUUCUUUCUUUCUCUCUCUUCUCCCUUCUUCUUCUUCUCUCAAACCUAGAUCUAGGUUUUUCUCAAACCCAGAUCUGGCAUUUCAGCAACCUCGCUCACCUUGUCCAUCUUGGACGCGCUCGUGCCACUGCUACUGCUGCUGCUGUUGCUUCUCCUCUGCGACUUGUCUCAAUCUUCGCAUUUCAAUGUAUUUCCCUUUCCCCUCCCGUCAAAUCUCAGCCUUUCAAUCCCUAUACUCUACUACCAUCAUGAACCCUUUUUCAGUAUUGAAUCUUACUUCUCUGUUCCCGACAAUGCAACUCUCGAUUCAUUUGAUCACCUUCUUCAGCAAUGCUCAACAGCCCGUCAAUGCAAACAAGUUCAUAAUCAGAUCCUCAUUGGCACUGGGCAAAAUGGAUGUUGCACACCAUCUGUUUGAUAAAAUGUGUGAAAGAAACAAAAUUUCUUUGAAUAUGAUGAUUUCGGGUUUUGCAUUGAAUUAUGAUUGUGAUGGUGCUUUUGAGAUGCUUGAGCGGAUGGAAUUGGAAGGUUUGGAGCCAGAUGAUGUGACAUGGACAUCGCUGUUGUCAAGUCAUGCUCAAUGUGGGCGGAAUCAAGAAGCUUUGAAGUUGUUUGAUUCAAUGAGGAUGGGAGGAAUAAGGGUGGUAAAGUGUGGUUUGGAAAGCUCGAACGCGGUUUCUUUACCUCGAACGCGGGGGAGUAGCAGUGGCACGAGCACGUCCAAGAUGGAUGAGGUGAGCGAGGUUGCUAAAAUGCCAGAUCUGGGUUUGAAAGAAGAAGAAUAAGGGAGAAGAGAGAGAAAGAAAGAAUAAGAAGAAGAAAGAAGAAGGAUGAGGAGGGAGGAGGGAGGAGGGAGGAGGAAAGGAGGAAGAAGAUGAAGUUUGAGACCCAGAUCUGGUUUGCAGAGGUAAAAGAAAAGGAAAGGUAAAGG